AUGGAAGGAAUUUUGGCAAUAUUAGCUACCAAUGCUUUGGGUUUGUUUUUGAUGCUUGAAGCAACCAAAGUUUGCACAAAUUCCAUUCUAAUUGAAAUUAUUCCGAACAUGUACAGAAGUGAAGUUCUAAGCUCUCCAAUGUUGUUUGAGGGAAAGACAAAUCUUUGUUCAUUUCAUUGUGAAGGCAAUAACGAGAUGAGUUUUUGUUUUUCUGUUUCCCAUUCUAUUUAA